AAGGCUAAGGUUAUUAUUAUUUAUGUGAAUAUUUACUAAUUUUUUUUUUCUAAUUUGUUUAUUUUAAAUUUUCGCUAUAUCAAUUAAAAAGUGUUAAUUACAUGUGAUAGUAUAAGUUGUAAUGUGUGAAAAAUAAAUUAUUAUCGGAAUUUGGAGCAAACUGAUUUAUUGGAACUGAAACAAAAUGAAUUCCACUCUAGUGCAGAUUUUAGUGGCUUUUUUACUUUCUGUGCCAAGCUUCAUGAUAGCCAUUGGCAACACAUGGACCUCCUACGCACUGCUAAUGCUCGAAAGCGAAGACUCACCAAUAGGGUAUAGAAUAACAAAAAACGAUGGCAAUCUCAUAUCUUCGAUUAUUAUGCUGGGUUCCCUAUCAGCCAUCUUAGUUGUAGGAUACAUAGCCGAUAAAAUCGGUAGAAAACGCACGGCAAUACUUAGUGGACUCUGUUAUGCACUAUCAUGGUCAAUAAUAGCAACAGCGAAAUCGGUAACACAAAUUCUGAUCGGUCGAUUCGUGAUCGGCAUGGGAACAGGGCUGCAUAUCGUAACAGGAGUUGUUUACGUUGGAGAAAUCAGUCAGACUUCCAUACGAGGGUCUCUGCUCACUAUGAUGACUUUCAUGUACAAUGUUGGUACCCUGAUCUCUUACCUUGAAGGAUGGUUCUGCAGUUAUCAAGUUAUUAACUACCUGAAUCUGAGUAUAGCCGUUGGUUACAUACUGCUACUGUUUAUACUUAAAGAAACUCCCGUAUAUUUGUUACGAAUGGGGAGAGAGAAGGAUGCAAUAAAAUCACUGAAAUUUUACCGAGGAGAAUCGACAGUAACACAAGAAAUUUUAGACGAAAUUGUCUAUUUGAAGAGUCAACUAUCGAGUGACAAUGAAAAUAAUAUCGAGGAUACCGAUAUAAACUCCGCCGUAUUAGAAAAAGAAAAAUUAAAUCAGGAAAAUGAAACUGCAAACGAUGGCAUUACAGAGCAAAAAAGUGCUUGGAGUAUAUUGCGCACCACAAAAUCAGCCCAACGAGCUCUAGUACUACUCGUAAUAGGAAUGGACCUGUCAGUUUGUAUGGGCAUGAUAGCAGUGCAGGCGUAUGCUGGACAGUUCUUCGCUCAAGCAGCGCCGAGUAUUUCACCACAUCUCUGUUCUGUUAUCCUGGCAAUCGUUGUGUGUUUCGUCAGCGGGCUCUCUGUAUUCUUAGUUGAUUUAAUUCCUAGAAGGGACAAAUAUGAUGACUUAGACGAAAUGCCAGUGCCGUGGCUAGUGGCUAAGAUGUCUCAGUUACAUCUAGAAGUGUACACGCACAAUUUCACACUCAACUAUCCAUUGGGACAGGGACAGGUGUACAAAGGCACUAAUGUGUAUGGUAUACUGCGUGCUCCUCGAACCUCCUCUCUAGAGGCUAUUGUAGUGACUGCACCAUACAGGUCUUUGUCUACUCAUCAGAAAGGGACAGCGGCAGGCAUAGCACUUAUGUUGGCUUUUGCAAAGUUUGCUAGACCACAAAAAUACUGGGCAAAGGAUAUAAUUUUCCUAGUCACUGAACAUGAGCAACUAGGAAUGCAGGCAUGGCUAGAAGCUUAUCACGGCUUGCAAAGCGAAGCUGAAACAUUCCACACUAGUCUCGGCAGUUUCUGGAAGCCUGGUACUCCUUCCUUAGACUUCGGAAGAUAUUUGUCUGGUUUUGAUUGGACGGGGGAUCAUAAGAGGUGUUUGAAUCCUGGUAAAUUAAAAGGCCGGUCAGGAUCUAUUCAAGCUGCUAUUAAUUUGGAAUUUGCGACGCCUAAAAUAAAAUACAUAGAGGUGAAAGUAGAAGGAUUGAACGGACAGCUACCGAAUCUAGAUCUUGUGAAUCUAGUUCACAAACUGUGUUUGAAGUCUGGGAUACAUCAUUCGUUCAGAAACAGUUACUCAUGGAUGCGUGGGCGCAACAAAAUGGACGACUGGAUGAACUCGUUCCGUACUAUGUUUGAUAUGGUAAUCACACAAAUUGACGGGGUCCCAGAUGGUAACCACGGCCUUUUCCAUCGUUUCGGCAUCGAAGCAGUGACCUUAGAAGGUCGGGAGGCCAAUGACCCCGCGGGCACGGCUCCCAGGGCCCAAGCACUGUCUACCGCUAACUUCUAUAGGCUUGGAGUGGCCUUAGAGAGUAUAUUGAGGUCUCUGAAUAACUUGCUUGAGAGAUUCCACCAGAGUUACUUCUUUUAUUUGCUGGCUGCUACGCAUCGGUUUAUUUCUAUUGGACAAUACAUGCCAUCAUUAUGCUUACUUUGCGUGGCCAUGCUUAUCCGUGCACUCUCACUAUGGGUCUCAAUCCAACAAGAUGGCGACGAGGAGACAGACAAGUCAGCAAACAAGAAAACAAGCAAACAAAAACAAAACAAAGAGAAAGAUUCCGACACCGAGUUACCAGGAGAUGAUGAAGUCAAAGAGGUGAAAAAAGUCCGUAAGCCAAAGAAGGCGGCUAAAGACGACUUGAGUAUGAGUGUGGUGAAUAUUGGCGCUAAUUAUCUCCUAGUACAUUUGAUUGGAUACGCUGUUAUGAAUUGUCCUUUGAUUUUGACUCAGAUUGGAGCCCAUUACUACGACAAGCCAUCAGAAGUAUCAGUAUUCUACGGAUUAAUCGCCGUUUCAGUACUUUUGACCAUCAUAACUCCCUUCAUGCCGCGCCUAUUACGCAAGGGGCGCAUAACAUAUGAGGAGCUCUCUUUAGUCAACAUACUACUGCUUAUAGAGCUGUCCACUGUAUGUUUGAGUGUGGGCAUGCAUAACUUUUCACUAGGAUUUGUUAUAGCUGUGGUUUAUACGCCUAUGGCUUUGAUGUGCAGUGUGGUUGUUAAUGGCGCUGGGAAGGCAAGCACAUUCUACCUUAUGAUAAAGCGGAUAAUAUGCUUACUAGUUCACCCACUAGCAGCAGUAUCAAUAUGCAUGAUCGGGUACAGCAAGGUUCUGUUCCCGGAAGAGGCAUUUUUUGAUAUGCUCGCCCGCGGCUCUGAUGCCGCCAUGCAGGCUCUUAUGUUCUCUAUCGUUGAUUCUAUGCUAUACGGCAACUGGCUGUUCAACCUGGCGUCUGCAGUAAUCCUGCCGAUCUGGAUAAUAUUCUGGCAGAUCCUCAGUAUCAAAGUCAAUGCACCCGCGUAGACCAAAUUUAUUACAGUUCUCACCAAACUUGAUGGCGGUUUGCAACUAACUUCACAGAAUAAGUACGCGCAUGUGACCCGUACAUUUCGCGCUCCUCUCCGUCUUUGAGUUUAUUUUUCAAUUACCUAAAUGUCUUCAAUAGUUUUUUCUUCUUAUUCUAACAAAGACUACCAUGAAAACUGCAUCAAAAUCGGUUCAGCCAAAUGUGAGAUAUUCGCGCACAAUUAAUAUACCUACAUACAUACAGGUCAAACUAAGAACCACCUUUUUUAAAAGUCGGUUAAAAUAGUUUUUGAAAAGCGAUUCGAUCGAUGUUUCCAGCCGCCAAAAAGUUUGGCGUCAACUAUACUUAGUAGUAAUAUAAAAUUCUUUCGUGUAUUAUUUUUCACGUAGGACAAUCCUACAAACCUUAACUAGCCGGGAUGUGAACGAACAUUUUAGUCUUAGUUUUUGUACAAUGAAGGAUGUUUUAAGUUAUUUUGUAUUAUUUUAUGAGAAGGUAAGCAUUUUUUAUGCAUUUGUUUGUUCAAUACAGAGAGUUCUAAUAACUUAUUUAAUAAAACAAUUAAUAUUUUACAUAUAAUAGCCAUUUUGCACAAUGAACAAAACCAAUGCAUUCCUUAAUUUAUUUAUUUCUUAAAUUGCAAUGAACAAAUGGAGAUUCUAGGAUAAUGAAUAUUGUCAUCACGCUAGGUUUUAUAAUGAAUUUAUUAUCUAAAUAAACGCCAUAAGUAUUUGUAAAUAA